UUGAGUGCAGUUUAUAGAAUUCGUUGGAAGUAUCGCAAUCAAUUGUGUAAUAGCGCGAUUAAGUUAAGAAAUUUGAAAAUUGUAAAACAUGGAGAAACCUAUAGUUCGUGCAAGGGUAGUGAAGGUCCUCGGUAGAACGGGUUCCCAAGGACAAUGCACGCAAGUCAAAGUGGAGUUUUUAAACGAACAAAAUAGGCAGCUAAUUCGAAACGUGAAGGGCCCUGUACGAGAAGGGGACAUUCUAACGCUCUUAGAGUCCGAAAGAGAAGCCAGACGGCUUCGUUAGCACAAUUGAGGGUCGAACUGCUUCCCCGAAAACGGAACAAAAGAUAUACCAAUCCCUUGCAGGUAUUACGAACAAAAGCCUAUUGAUAUUUGUUUCAAAACCAGCAAUAAA